ACAACCCGCCAAUUUAAGCCAACUCGCCGUCGCCGGUAAUUUCUGCCGAAGCCGAAAGCAAAAAACUCAAGCAGAAUGAGGAAGAAGGUGGAUGAACGUAUUAGAACCCUAAUUGAAAACGGAGUCAGAACCAGACACCGUUCCAUGUUCGUUAUCAUCGGCGACAAGUCCCGCGACCAGAUUGUGAACCUCCACUACAUGCUUAGCAAAUCAGUUGUUAAGUCUCGACCUAAUGUUCUAUGGUGUUACAGGGACAAACUUGAACUUAGCAGUCACAAGAAAAAACGGGCCAAGCAGGUCAAGAAGCUCAUGCAUAGAGGACUUCUAGAUCCUGAGAAGGUUGAUCCCUUCUCACUUUUCCUUGAAACUGCAGGAAUUACAUAUUGCCAGUACAAGGAUUCUGAGAGGGUUCUUGGAAAUACAUUUGGCAUGUGUAUACUACAGGAUUUUGAGGCCUUGACCCCAAAUCUUCUAGCAAGAACUAUAGAAACAGUGGAAGGUGGUGGAUUGGUUAUUCUGCUGCUUCGUUCUUUGUCUUCACUCACUAGUCUGUACACCAUGGUUAUGGAUGUUCAUGAGAGAUUCCGUACAGAAUCUCAUUCUUUAGCCACCGGACGCUUCAAUGAACGUUUCUUACUUUCUCUUGCAUCAUGCGAAUCAUGUAUAGUUAUGGAUGAUGAGUUGAAUAUAUUGCCAAUCUCAUCUCAUAUGAAGUCGGUCACACCAGUUCCAGUGGAGGAGGAUUCUGAGGGGCUCUCGGAAGCAGAUCGUGACUUGAAAGAUCUGAAAGAACAAUUAAAAGAUGAUUUUCCUGUUGGUCCACUGAUUAAGAAGUGUUGCACAUUGGACCAGGGAAAAGCUGUCAUCACCUUUCUUGAUGCGAUCUUAGAUAAGACACUCCGUAGCACAGUGGCUUUGCUUGCUGGUCGUGGCCGUGGAAAGUCAGCUGCACUUGGUCUCGCAGUUGCUGGAGCUGUUGCUGCAGGGUAUUCAAAUAUAUUUGUGACUGCUCCUAGCCCAGAAAAUCUAAGAACUUUGUUCGAAUUUGUAUCAAAGGGAUUUGAUAUGCUUGAGUACAAGGAGCACUUGGAUUAUGAUAUUGUGAAAAGCUCAAAUCCAGAGCUCAAAAAAGUGACUAUCAGAAUAAAUAUCUAUAAACAGCACAGACAGACAAUUCAGUAUAUACAACCACAUGAACAUGGAAAACUGUCUCAAGUUGAACUUUUGGUGGUUGAUGAAGCCGCAGCUAUUCCGCUGCCACUUGUGAAGUCCUUGCUUGGGCCUUAUCUGGUUUUUCUAUCUUCUACUGUUAAUGGCUAUGAAGGUACAGGGCGAUCUCUAUCGUUAAAACUGCUGCAGCAAUUAGAAGAGCAAAGUCGAGCAUCUACAAAAAGCACAGAUGCUGCUCCUUCUGAUCUUGAAGCAUACCCAAAUUUCCAAAAGGAACAUCAUUUACAGCAUGAUUCUUUUGGUCGGCUUUUCAGGAAGAUAGAUUUGAGUGAAGCUAUUAGAUAUGCAUCUGGUGAUCCAAUUGAAUCCUGGCUUAACAAUUUACUUUGUCUGGACAUCGCAAAUUCCAUCCCCAGCAUCAACAGGCUACCUCCUCCCAGUGAGUGUGAUCUGUAUUAUGUUAACCGGGAUACACUUUUCUCAUAUCAUAAAGACAGCGAGUUAUUUCUGCAGAGAAUGAUGGCUUUAUACGUUGCUUCUCACUACAAAAAUUCUCCGAAUGAUCUUCAAUUAUUGGCUGAUGCUCCAGCUCAUCACUUGUUCGUAUUACUUGGUCCUGUCAACGAGUCAAGGAAUCAGCUCCCAGAUAUUCUUUGUGUCAUCCAGGUCUGUCUUGAAGGAAAAAUUUCUCAAGCUUCUGCCAUGAGAAGUUUAAGUGCUGGUCAUCAGCCUUCAGGGGACCAAAUUCCAUGGAAAUUCUGCGAACAAUUCCAAGAUAAAGACUUCCCAAGUCUUUCUGGUGCUAGAAUUGUGCGCAUUGCAACACACCCAAAUGCAAUGAAGCUUGGAUAUGGUUCAGCUGCCAUACAAUUGCUGUCAAGGUACUUUGAGGGUCAAUUCACUCCCAUCUCUGAAGAAGAUGUCCAGAAUGAUCCAGAGUCUCCACAUCUUAAAAUUACUGAAGCGGCUGAGAAAGUGUCCUUGCUUGAGGAAAAUAUAAAGCCAAGGUCAGACCUUCCUCCUCUACUUGUACAUCUCCGUGAAAGACAGCCUGAGAAGCUACACUACCUGGGUGUAUCCUUUGGGCUUACUUUGGACCUAUUUCGAUUCUGGAGAAAACAUAAGUUUGCUCCAUUUUACAUAUGUGAAGUUCCAAAUUCUGUGACCGGCGAGCAUACGUGUAUGCUUCUAAAACCACUGGACACUGAUGAUAUCGAAGUUAGCGGAUCAGAUGAAUUGGGAUUUUUUGGUCCUUACUAUCGAGCUUUCAGGUCAGCAUUUGCUAGGCUUUUAUGUUCUCCAAAAUUUAAUACGAUGGAAUACAAGCUUGCAAUGAGUAUCUUGGAUCCAAAACUUAACUUUACAGACGUAGAGCCUUCAUCAACCAUUUCACAUGGUAUAUAUGACGAUAUCAUUAAAUCUCCAAUCAGUAUGAAAAGGCUAGAAGCAUAUGUGAACCACCUGGCUGAUCAUCAUCUGAUUUCAGAUCUCAAACUCCCCCUUGCAUACCUAUACUUCCAGGAGAAGUUCCCAGUUACUUUAUCAUAUGCCCAGGCCUCUGUGUUAUUAUGCAUGGGCUUGCAGAACCAAGAUGCUUCUUAUGCUGAGGGAGUGAUGAAGUUGGAAAGACAGCAAAUAUUAUCAUUAUUCAUGAAAGUCAUGAAAAAGUUCCAGAAAUAUUUGAACUCCGUAUCUUCGAAACAAUUCAGUGCGACCCUCCCCCCAGUCAAAGAAGUCGAGUUAAAGCCACACUCGAUUUCUGUGGAUGAGGAUCUUGAUGAAGCUGCAAAGAAAGUGAAGGACGACAUGAAAGCAAAGAGCGAUGGUUUGUUGAAUCUGGACUUUCUCCAGAGGUACGCCAUUGCUGACAAGGAUGUAGAUUUCGAGAGUGCUUUGCAAAACGGCAGCGGAAAGAUACCCUCUGGUGGUGUAGUUAGUGUUAAGUCUAGUAAAACCAAAGCAGAAAAAUACGGGAAGCCAAAAGACAAGAGCGACAAGAAAAGAAGCAAGGACGGCCAGUCUUCCAAAUCAUCAAAGAAGAAAAGAACAUCUUAGUGGACUUGUAUUCGAGAUUGUUCAGUUUUGCACGGCGGGUAUUCGAGAUUUUGACUUAACCAUGAAUGGUUGAAUAGUUUUUAAUUAUGAUGGUGAUGUAGUGUUGGUAAAAAGCUAUAGCCUUUGGUAAUCUUAGAAGGAAUGUUGUAUGUGGAACUACAAAUUUUAAGCAUGAUCGUGAUGCAACCCGAAAAACAUAAUUCAUGGGUCUGAAGGAGUGUUUUAGACUAGAGGUGUAAACAAGACGAGAUAACUCGUGAACUAUGAGAUAGACUUGGUCAACACUUUACUCGACACACUAACGAGUUUACAGCGAGCUUCCUGAUGCUUGACUU